AUGGCUUCAUUCGAGGUAGCUCUAGGAAAUAAUCCAGGACAACCAUCCACAAAGUCUCCAGGAACGAAGGAGAUCGCAACCGCCCUGCAGGUGAAACCAACGAAUCCACGACCGAGAAAGCCUAACUAUGCUGCAAUCCACUCUCGAUCCCUUCCACUCGAAGUGCAUCCUCUUCCAGCAUUCAUUCCACACAAUCCGUUGUCCUACCUGAGGAUUGCCAUUACCCUGCUCUCUCAUGCGCUCUUUCCCCCGACAUCCCAUCCUAUCAUUCACAAAGGGUUCUUCUCCGCUGAGUCUCAGUCUAUUCAUGUAACAGACCCACGGUCUGUCCGUGCGUUAUGGGAGCAGGGGUUCUGGGGAAAGGGGUCCCUCAGUCGCAGUGAGCCUCGGUGGCUCGAUCAAGAGAAGCGCAGUCGUGGGAUUGUCGCUGUGCAGACAAGUGAAGAAGCAACACGCUUGAGACGAGAGGAGAGGCGGCAGUUCAAGCUGGAGAGAGCUAAGAAGGAGAGGGAAACUAUUGAGCAGCAGUUACGCGAAGAAGGGAAACUCGAGGCAGUGGAGGAGCUGGAACAAGUACUAAUGAACGGGGCAGCAACUAUUCCAUCGAAUGGCACGCUAGGGGCUUCUAAUGAUACCACGAAUGGUGCUACUCAGAUUGAGGAUCUUGAAUAUCUACAACUCACACCAGAAGAAGCUUUCUUCCUCUCUUACGGACUAGGUACCCUCCAAAUCCACAAAAACGGAUAUUCACUUCCUUCGCCAUAUCUUUUCCGUCUCUACUGCGCCUACGCUACUUUCCCCAUAUCAGAAAACGCCGAGCUUUACCUCCACAAAUUCUAUCAAAAUGAACUCAGAUCCAACGGCACACACACCUCGUCCGGUAUUUGUCCCAUUGCUCCCGAUAAUCCCUUCCUCCUAAAGUACGCUGUAUAUCACCAUUUCCGAUCACUAGGUUGGAUUGUCCGGCCGGGGAUCAAAUUUGCAAUAGACUACCUCCUCUAUCUCCGUGGACCAGUCUUUUCACACGCGGAGUAUGCAAUCAUGAUCAUUCCCUCUUACAGUCACCCGUACUGGUCAGUCUCUCCAGAACGCAAGGCAGAAUGCAAGAGGCGAGAACAUCGGGAUUGGUGGUGGCUGCAUCGGCUCAACCGGGUGCAGAAUCAAGUACUUAAGACACUGGUUCUGGUUUAUGUCGAGGUGCCGCCGCCGUGGGAUGAGGAUUGCAGGGGAAGAGGGUUUGAGGUUGAUGUUGGGGAUGUGUUGAAGAGAUAUACGGUGAGGGAGUUCAUUGUAAGAAGGUGGAUUCCGAAUAGAAAUCGAGAUUGA